AUGGUCGCAGAUACGAACAUUUGCAAAAUUUCCCGAAAACAUUGAUUUCAGCACGCCACGACUUCGGCGUUUGGUCUGGUAGAAUCUCUGCGUGGACAGGGCUCAAGCUUGGCCAAAAUUUUGAAAAGUUUCGGAAAAUCGCUGGUCAAAAAGCAGAUAUCCGAGAUUUCUGGGCUUUUGACACCGGUAAGCUCCGUUGUUCGUUAAAAUCAAUAAAAUGUUGCAGCCCGAGCACCAAGAGGACGAUAUCCGUCUGACGUGGCUCACAAAUCGGCACCGAUCGAAAAAAGCGCACUUCGAGCACCGAAAGAGCCGUAAUUCGGGAGAUGUCGGACUGUCAGUCGCACGUGGUCGUCAACGUUCGUGCCGAGUGCGUUUUUGUUGUUAA